UUAUCACAGAUUCACAAUAUCAUUUCGGCGGUCACCGGCGCCACACGUGCCAAGUGCGAACAAAUUAUCACGUUUUCUUUUUAAAGUUUCGCGUUAAAUGUAAAAGAUUUCUGUGGUUUUUACUCCGAACUUUAUAUUGAACUGUGUAUAAUCGUGAAGUGUAUGUUUUAAACUUAGGAGUGUUCCGAUCAACGUAAAAAUGAAGUUACUUAUAUUUUCGGCGAUUGUGGUCCUAGCAGGCGCUUACAUAGUAAUGAAGUUAACUAAAGUGCCUGACCCGCCAGAAAUAGAUGUCCAAAGAUGGUGGGGCUCCGGUAAAAGACCUCAGAAGGAAGACGAGUCUAUAAGGCCAUUCAAAGUCGAAUUUAAUGAUACGAUGAUCCAAGAUUUGAAACAAAGAUUAAAAAACAGGCGGAGGUUUACAAAACCACUGGAAGGCAUACAAUCUGAGUACGGUAUGAACACUGAUUACUUGGAGAAAAUACUGAACUACUGGACAGAUAAAUAUGACUUCAAAAAGAGGGCAGAAUUGUUGAAUCGAUUCCCUCAUUUCAAAACAAAGAUUCAGGGAUUAGAUUUACAUUACAUCCAUGUAAAGCCUAAAGUAAACAAAGAUAUCGAAGUGUUGCCUAUACUGCUUUUGCACGGAUGGCCUAGUUCGUCUAAGGAGUUCGAUAAAAUUAUACCAAUUUUGACGACACCCAAAGACGGAUACAAGUUUGUUUUUGAAGUGAUCGCGGCAGACUUGCCCGGCUACGGGUUUUCCGAGGGUACAAACAAGCCAGGACUGAACCCACUGCAGAUUGGAAUAAUGAUGCGGAAUCUUAUGUUACGCCUUGGUUUUGAAAAGUACUAUGUUCAAGCCGGAGAUUGGGGUUCACAAGCCGCUACGCAUAUGACAACACUGUUCCCUGAGAAUGUAUUAGGAUACCACUGCAACAUGCCACUGUCUUCAAGAGCCAUCAGUUAUCUGAAGUUAUUCAUAGGAUCCCUAGCCCCGAACCUCGUGGACUCCGAUCACCCAGAAAGGGUGUACCCCUUGAAAAAGCAUUUCACGUACCUCAUGAGAGAAAGUGGAUAUUUCCACAUUCAAUCGACUAAACCUGAUACUAUAGGAGUUGCCCUCACCGACUCUCCAGCGGGCUUAGCAGCUUAUAUGAUGGAAAAGAUAGCCAUCUGCAGUAACAGGGACCAGUUGGACACACCUCACGGAGGUUUGGAAAAUCUCGACAUCGAUGACGUGUUGGACACAGUGACCAUCACUUGGGUGAACGAAUGCAUCGUCACCUCUUCGAGACUCUAUGCAGAAGGAUUUUACCAUCCCGAUAUCAGUAUUGUUGCAAACAUACCGACUGCAGUACCAACGGCAGCCAUAAAGUUCUUAUACGAAGUUUCCUAUCAACCAGACUGGAUAUUAAGAGACAAGUUCCAGAACUUAUUGAGAUCUACAUCUUUCGAUUUCGGAGGACACUUUGCCGCCCUACACACUCCGAAGGUUUUAGCUGACGACGUAUUCGCUUCUGUCGAAGAAUUUAUCAAGUUCCACAACAAAAAAUAAGAAAAUUAAUUGUUAGUUAUUGCGGCAGAAGAAAUAAUGUACUUUAAUUAAUCGUGUGUCCGGAAUAGGAACUAUGUCUAGCAUGCUAAGUGUCCUUGUACAUAUCAUUUGAACCUCUUUUUUGUCGCAGUCUGACAAAGACUCAUUACGUCUGGGAACCUUGACCUAAUCAUAAUGAAUUGCGAAAUAAAAAAGCCAGCUAAAUGCGUCACAUACAUACCUAUUUUUUUAGAUCGUUUGGAUUCACAAAUUGUGGUCAUAAAUUAAAAGGAAUCAUCUAAAUUCAUAAGAAAAUUAAAAAAUAAGUUUGAAAUUGAUUGAACUGCAGAUUUAAUAAAUUGAAUAAUAUUUUAAACACCUUGUCAGAAUUAACACAAAAAUAACAUAUCAUUAUGACAUUGUAAAUGAUAGCUUGUUUUUGUAUGAAUUAUUGUAAUAGGUGAAUUUAUAAAAGUCAUUAGUUUGCACGACGCACCCUAACGAAGUUUGUUAAUAAGUAGUGUGUUGGAGAUUAUUUUAAGUGUUUUAUACUUUUAAUAUAAAAAAUGUAUGUACAUAAGACUUAAAAGAACAAGUUAUUCCAGUAUUGCAUUUAUUUUAUAAAAAAAAAACCUUUUUUUGUAUACUUGAACCUUGAAUUAAAUAUAAUAUUUGAAAUGAUUGAUAGUGAUAUUUAAAUUAUACGCUGCUUACAAAAAAAAAGCCAAUAUACUUAAAAGCAACGUGUUUGAGACUAGACACAUUUACUUGUUUUUCACAAAACGUAAUAUUUUAUUUCUACUGUUUUUCAUGACUAAGUUUUAAGUUAAAUAACACUAGAAAAUUCAACGAUCUCAAUGAAGAAAUAACUAAUGAUGAAAUUAAGUUUUUUGUACUAUACUUGUGUACGUUUUUCUUGUCAAUCUACCUCACUCUACACAUGCGUAAAUUAAAGAGUGAAUGCAAAUUUAACUUUUACAGAAGUAAGUCUCAACUGCACCUACUUAGAAAUGAAAUUCUGUGACGAUCACAGAAAAUAAUAAAUUGCUUGUGUCCAAACCUUUUAUAAAUAUUCUUUUUAAGUUGCAAGUAUUAAAUAAUUUUCUAGGUUA